CAGGCUCACUCCGUCGCUGGCUUCUCCUGAUCCCGCGACGUUGCUGCUUCGGGGGCUGGCCACUUCAUCUCCAUCGUGUAUUGCCCCCUCCGCUCCUCGGAUGCGGCGACCCAGGGUCAGGCAAAUCGUGCAGAGAAAGCGGCACAGCGGGGCGUCGUUGUGGUAGUGUGGUGGCGCUGCUAGCGACCUUGGGGGAAUUUCGUACCGCGUAACGGCCCCUGCCGCCGGUUGCCGUACAGCGGCCUCCGCCGAAGCAUCCGCCGCUCCCGCGGGUGCCCACCGACGGCAGCCUCGAGCCGACAAGAUCGCCGUCCACAACAGUAACCUGCCGACACUUUUUGCAAAUCAGCCCUUCAUUUGCAUCCGAAUAUUUUCACAAUGCCCCCUUAUUUGGAUCGCGAUUAAUAAUCGCGAUCCUAAUAUUUGUACAAACACCCCCGAUUUGGAUCGCGAUUAGUAAUCGCGAUCCCACUAUUUUCAGAAAACCCCCUUAUUAUUUUCACAGAACCCCCUGCUUUGGUAAAUCAGUCCCUCGUGUUCGCCGGCUGCGGCGGCAUGGAUUUGCCGGCAAGCCGCGGCCCAUGCGGAGCGCUCGUUCAGACCUCCCGCUCCUCGUGGUCAUCGUGGUGCUUCUCCUCCCGGCCUCCCUUCUCGUCUUCCCGCCGCUUCUCCACGUGAUAUUCGCGUGAAUUCAUCGUCUUCUCCGGCCUCAAUCUCGCAACAAAAUCAUCAAAUCCAGCUGCUGGUUUGGGGGAGGGCCUCCUUUGAGUGAGAUCCAAUCUCUAGGCGCCAUUUUCUUCCAGCGUUCCCUACAGGAAAAGUCAGGGUUCUCCCCAUGCCCGUCUUUACUCUUCUUGCCCCGCUCGCUCCGGCACCGGUUGUUGUUGCUCCCGCGGCAUCACGUGCUCGCCAAAACGGAACCACACGGCGGCAUUUCGUCGUUAAAACAAAACUAGUCAUGGAUGGCAAGAAUUUCGGCCUUAGUUGUUCCUUGGGUAUGGAGGAUGACAGUCUAAACUUGUCACGGUUUCUGGACAAACUUUUCAGAGAGUGGGAGGAUCGCAAGGCAAGGGGAUUGUUUCACCAUGACAUCAGCUGCUGUGAGACUAAGGUAUUACCUGGAGAACGCAACUUUGUGGCAACAUUAAUAGAAGGGCGUGAUCAAAAGAAAAGGCCAACUGAGUUUGGAAUGAACCAAGUCCUCCAGCCAUUUGAUAGUGGGAAGUUCAAUUUCACAAAAGUUAGGCCAGAGGAAGUGAUCUUCAGAUUCUGUGAAACUGAUAAAGACUCUGCCCAGUAUUUUGGUGGUGCUCCUGAUACUAUUUCAGCUUCUUCUAGCGCCAUUUUGAUUAAUGUGAGUCCAAUCGGUUACUGUCACGUGCUUUUGACCCCCAAAAUCCAAGAUUGUUUGCCACAAAGGAUUGAUGAAGAGAGCUUCUUAAUAGCCAUGUAUAUUGCAAGGGAGACAAGAAAUCCCUUCUUCAGAGUUGGUUAUAACAGUCUGGGUGGAUUUGCAACCAUCAACCACCUUCACUUCCAGGCUUACUACUUAAAAGUACCAUAUCCAGUUGAAAAGGCAACCACGGAGAAGCUCACAACCCUAGUCAAUGGUGUGAGCAUUUCUCAGCUGGUGGAUUAUCCAGUAAGUGGUUUUGUGUUCGAAGGUGGGGCAAGUCUCGAGGAUUUGUCAGAUGUGGUUGCGAAAGUCUGCAUCUUCUUGCAAGAGAACAACAGACCUUUCAAUGUCCUUAUCUCUGAAUCCGGCAACAGUGUUUUCCUCCUACCACAGUGCUACGCGGAGAAGCAGCGCCUCGGAAAGGCGAGCCAGGAGUUCCUCGACAUGAGAAUCAAUCCGGCAAUCUGGGAGCUCAGUGGCCAUUUGGUACUGAAGCGGAAGAAGGACUACGACGAAGCCUCUGAGCCAAACAUAUGCAGAUUUUUGGUUGAAGCAGCUCUUUCUGAAACAGAAUUCCAAGAGCUGAAGCGUUGUGUGCUGGACUUCCUGACUGUCUCUGAUGCUUGUAAUUUAGAUAUAGAUUCCUAAAGAGUGAUGACUGUUUUGAGUACUGCAUUCGUAACUGUUAUGAUGGUGUAUCAUGCGUUUGUGAUUUUAUUGUUCAUCUUUGCAAUGAGAAUCACCUGUCUUCUCCCAUAA